CCCUUUGAAAUACCGAACUGGCAGCAAGACAUACGCCAGCGCCAUGGCAACAGAAAUGUUAUCACAAAUGUACUGGUUUUUCUCUUAUCAUUUAUUAUUUCUUAUAUUUUGUUGCUAACAUGCCGACGGACGAAUAAUAUAUUUUUUUUUUACUAAUAGUUGUGUUAUUAUACUGUAUUUGAAUUAAUUACAGGGUAUUUUAAUCUACUUUAAAUAGAAUUGUAAUAAGUAAUAUAAUUAUAACAAUACAGACUACGGGAAUUAUGAUGUCGAUUCCAGGUCCAGUUAUGAGUGAAAAGUCGAAAAAAAGUGCGAUCACAGAACAAGCAAAUGAAAGUACAACGGAUCAAACCUCACAAUUGAGUUUUUCAAGUAUCGAUGAAGUAAUAAAAGAGUCAAAUGUGAAAAUUGAAAUAGAUGAAACAUAUGAUUGUGACAACGGAACUAUGAUAUUUGUAGCAGAGAGAAAUAAUCCUUCAAACUCGGAAGAAACCAAUGUUAAAGAACCGUGCAACAAGCCCAAAGUGAAAGUCGAAGAAAUAGAUGUAGUAAAUGGUUGUCGCUUCUAAACUGUUGUGGAAAUUGAAAAAAAUUUGCUUUUGGAUGAGAUAACGGCAAAGGAUGAUUUCUACACAAAUCAGUGGUUUGUUUGCAACGAGUGUAACAAAAUAUUUACAUCCAAAAGCCAGAAUCACAUGACUUGAACACCACCGAAAUCAGAAAAAGUUGUCGAGACAAAUUUGACAGAAAUAUACACAGUGAAAUUAACAUGGAAGCGAAUGAGACUGAAGUAAAUGAUCAACUGGCACAAACAAAAACCAAAGAGCAAUCAAACACAUUUGUAUGUGAUUUGUGUAAAAAAUUGUUUUUUACUAAAAGGCAAAUAAUCCGUCACAUAUUAAAAUUCCACAACACGUCAACGAUCAAUCCUUUACUAGGAAAAAACAAACGCAUGCGUACGGGAGAACAGCCUAACAAGUGUGAUAUAUGUUUAAAAUCUUUUACGAAAAGAUCUUACCUCACAGUACACAAACGGAUUCAUUCUGGAGAGAAACCAUACUCAUGUGACGUGUGUUUAAAAUCGUUUUCACAAAGGUCCAUUCUGACAAGUCAUAAAAGUGUUCAUACUGGGGAAAAGCACUACAAGUGUGAUGUUUGUUUAAAAUCGUUUUCUAGAAAUUCAUACCUUACAAUACAUAAACGUUUCCAUACCGGAGAAAAGCCUUAUAAGUGUGAUAUGUGCCUUAGAUCUUUUUCGACGAAAUCCAGUCUGGUAUCACACGGACGAGCGCAUACUGGGGAAAAGCCAUACAAGUGUGAUAUGUGCCUUAGAUCUUUUUUGAGGAAAUCCAGUCUGGUAUCACACGGACGAGCGCAUACUGGGGAAAAGCCAUACAAGUGUGACGUGUGCCUUAAAUCUUUUUCGGCGAAAUCCAGUCUGGUAACACACGGACGCCUGCAUACUGGAGAAAAGCCUUACAAAUGUGACGUUUGUUUAAAAUCGUUUUCGAAUAAAUUCAGUCUGGGAACACAUGUACGCGUGCAUACUGGAGAAAAGCCCUACAAAUGUAUUGUGUGCUUAAAGCACUUUAAUCAUGUAACAAGCCUUACAAAACACAAACUCGUGCAUACUGGAGAAAGGCCUUACAAGUGUGACGUUUGUUUAAAAUCUUUUUCGGUGAAAUGCAGUCUGGUAGCACACGAACGCAUACAUACUGGCGAGAAGCCGUUUAAAUGUGAUGUGUGUCUAAUGUGUUUUAAACAAAGUCCUCACCUUAUACAACAUAAACGUGCCCAUACUGGAGAAAAGCCUUACAAGUGUGAUGUUUGCUUGAAAUGUUUUGUGUCAAGAUACAAUCUCACAGUACACAAACGAGUUCAUUCUGGAGAAAAGCCUUACAAGUGUGAUGUUUGUUUAAAAUCUUUUAUGAUAAGAGACUACCUCACAGUACACAAACGCGUUCAUUCUGGAGUGAAACCAUACAAGUGUGAUGUGUGUUUAAAAUCGUUUGUCACAAAAUCCAUAUUAGCAACACAUAAACGCGUGCAUACUGGAGAAAAGCCCUACAAAUGUGUUGUGUGCUUGAAGCACUUUAAUGAAAAGUCAGCCCUUAUAAAACACAAACUCGUGCAUACUGGAGAAAAGCCUUACAAGUGUGACGUUUGUUUAAAAUCUUUUUCGGUGAAAUCCAGUCUGGUAACACACGUACGCCUGCAUACUGGCGAGAAGCCGUAUAAAUGUAACAUUUGUUUAAAGUCUUUUACGACGAAACCCAAUCUGGUAUCACAUGAACGUGUGCAUACUGGAGAAAAACCUUAUAAGUGUGAUGUUUGUUUAAAAUUGUUUUCGGUGAAAUCCGCUUUGGUAGUACAUGAACGCGCGCAUACUGGAGAAAAGCCAUACAAGUGUGAUGUAUGUCUACAAUCAUUUGUGGAUCAAUCUUCCCUCAGAAUUCACAACCGCUUACAUUCUGGUGAAAAGCCUUACGAAUGCGAUAUAUGCUCUAAGCGCUUUUCCCAAAGAACCAACAUGGUAAAACACAAACGGACCCAUGGUGGAGAAUAGUCAUACAGCUGAGUGUCUUCUCCGAUAUAUAAUAUAAACAUUUUUUUAGACUAUUUUAUAAAAAAAAAACAGCUUUUAGAUUUUUAUUAAAUUGUAUUGUACAUUUUUCUGUACUACAUUUUGUUUGUUUAAUGAAUUAUACUGACUAAUAUAAUAUUUCAAGAUUUAUUCGUAUGAUGUAUAUUUUUACAUGGUAUGGAAUUUUACACAUUAUUG